UAUCCAAUAAAAAUUUAUUAUUAUUUCUUAUAUAUAAGAUAAAGCCUCGGAGACAAAGAUCCUCAUCACAUACCAGUAGUUUUCCUUCCUUCACAGACACUGAACCCUAAUCGUUGAAGCGUUCUCUCUCUCUCUCUCUCUUCCUUGAUUGGAUUCCUGGGUUUGCUUCACCUUUUUUCCACCGAAUAUCUGUGUUUUCUUUGUGGGUAAAUUGAAUAUGUCGAGUUCAUCGGAGUACUCAGAAUUUCCCGGCCAGAAGCCGGCGAAGUCGCCGGAGAAGUCGACUUUCUCUCAGACUUGUAGUCUAUUGAGUCAAUAUAUCAAGGAGAAGGGUAGCUUCGGAGAUCUUAGCCUCGGGAUGACAUGCAACACCGAACCAAGUGGGUCACCUGAGACAUCUUGUCAGUCUGCAACAACCAUGAACUUGUUUCCUACCAAGGAAAACAACGUGACACCAAAGAACCUGACAGCUAUGGAUUUGUUCUCUUCACAAGCUGCUUAUCGUCCCAAUCUACCAGCAGAAGAGAUUCCAACCUUGAUCAAUUCCAGUGCAAUUAAAUCUGUGACCAAGGGACCUAAAGCUGCACAAUUGACAAUAUUUUAUGCUGGCCAAGUUAUUGUAUUUGAUGAUUUUCCUUCUGACAAAGCGAAUGAGCUCAUAUCCUUUGCUGGCAAAGGAAUCUCCCAAAGCCAGAACAAUUCUCUUUAUACUUACACACAGAGCCAGCCUUCAUUUCCUUCAAAUUUGGUUAGAACUUCUGCUGAUUCAAGUACUCCAGUUAUUCCUAGUGUGAAUAUUGUCCCUAGUACUGGCACCAAUUCGAUUCAUGAGCACCCUCAAGCUUCAUCCAGACCUGUUGUUUGUGAUCUGCCAAUUGCUAGGAAAGCUUCACUUCAUCGGUUCCUGGAGAAAAGAAAGGAUAGAAUUGCUGCCAAGGCGCCAUAUCAAUUGACAAAUCCCAUGGGGUCUGCUAAUAAGCCAGCUGAAUCCAUGUCAUGGCUUGGGUUGGGUGCUAAAUCACCUCAAGUUUGAGCGCAGAUACAGUUUUAUGUAAUUUUAAGGAUUUUUGUUGUGAAAAAAUGCUAGCUAGUCAGAACUCUUUUUGCCAGAGCUUUUGACAAAAGAAUUUGACAAAAUUUCUGGUUUUUUUUUUUCCCUGACUAGAUAGCAUUAUUACCCUUUCGUUCAAUCCUCCUAGUUAAGAUAUUUUAUGGGCUUAUUGAUAGCCCUCUGUUUGUCAUAUUAACUUCGGCUCUGUUGGGCCUUAUCACAUAGAUCUAACUAUUGGUUAUAGUAGAUGAUGUUCUAAUUAUUAUGAUUCA